CAGCACUGUGAAACAAGCUCUUCGAUUCAGUAAGGAACAAUGGUUCAUAUAAAGGUCAUGGUGUUGGCAGUCCUGGUGGCGAGUACAGCAGCAGUACCUCGCUACAUGUCCUCAUACGGAAACUCUGUUCAAGGACGUGUACUUCACGCCCAAAAUCUUGAUUACGCUCUUACGCCAAGUCUAGGCUAUCCUCGUCCUUCGAAUAUGGAAUAUGCUCCUGACGAUGCAACAAACCUCGACUACACUCAUCCUCCACAUGUGGGUUACAGUCAUGGGUCUGAACGUCAUCGCUAUGAAACUACUGAUAAUUAUGUUUCACCUAACUACGAGUUUAAUUACGAUGUUAAUGAUGCACAAACCAACGACAUCAAAGAACAAGCUGAAAGACGAAAUGGCGACAGAGUUGACGGACACUACAGUGUGGUUGAACCUGACGGCACCACCCGGACAGUGGAGUAUACCGCUGAUGAUCUGAACGGAUUUAACGCUGUAGUCACUUGGUCAGGAGACGCCAGACAUCCACUCACUAUCACUCAGGCCCAGAGUCUUCCCGGAUACCCCCAAAUGGCACCCGCUUUCCCACGCUCCGACCACCCCAACUACGCUCCUUCUUACCCUCGAAGAAUUACUCCAGGGAGUUCGUACGCGACUGCUACAAGCUUAUCUGAUUAUUAUGCAGGGUCACCCACCGAAGCCUACGGGCCUCUUGCCGCAGACUACAGCGACGCUCCAGGACAUGGCUAUGGAGGUUCACUGCCACGUAAACUGAAUAUCAGAAACAACCAUAUUUUUUAUGUAUAACGUUGUAUUUUCAUACUUUAUAAUCCUAG